AAGAAUUAACAAGCACCUGCAUAUAUAUUCUUGGAGAUCGAGCAGAGAUUGCACUCUGAAAAUGGAGUGCUUAUUCAAAACAACGGGCUUCUUCUUCUUAGCUCUUAUGUCUACUUUGCUCCUCCAAACUCAGGUGUUUUCCUUGGCUCAAGGAAACGUUCAUUCCUAUGACUUUGUUCUCAAGGACACCAACUUUACAAAGUUAUGUAGCACAAAGAGUGCAUUUACUGUGAACGACAGUUUUCCGGGGCCGGUGAUCCGAGCUCAAAAGGGAGAUACGGUCUAUGUGAAUGUUUACAAUCAAGGAAGAUAUGGUGUCACUAUGCACUGGCAUGGGAUAAAGCAGCCUAGAAAUCCAUGGUUCGAUGGACCUGAGUAUAUCACACAAUGCCCUAUUCAACCUGGAACAAAUUUCACAUACCAAAUCCUACUUUCAUCCGAAGAAGGUACAUUGUUUUGGCAUGCUCAUAGUGAUUGGUCUCGGGCCACUGUACAUGGAGCAUUUCUCAUCUUGCCAGCAAAUGGAACCAGUUAUCCAUUUCCAAAACCAGAUGAAGAACAGGUUAUUGUAUUUGCAUCCUGGUAUAAAGAUGAUGUAAUGACAUUGCUGGAUGAGACCCUCGAAUCUGGCGGACUAACAACGUCAUCAGAUUCUUAUGUAAUCAACGGCGAACCAGGAGAUUUUUACUCAUGCUCCAAAGAAACGACAUAUCGAAUGUCUGUUGAUUAUGGAAAAACCUAUCUUCUCCGAAUAGUCAAUUCGGUGCAAAACAUAGACAUGUUCUUCGCCAUUGCGGAUCACAAUCUCAUACUCGUGGGUAUGGAUGGUUCUUAUGUCAAACCUAUAGUUUCCAGUUACAUAAUGAUCACCCCAGGACAAACAAUGGAUGUUUUAGUCGCAGCAAACAAAUCUCUUGGGCAUUACUACAUGUUUGCCAGUCCUUAUUAUGAUGGAGAGGCUGAUGACUUUGACAAAAGUAUUGCUAGCGCCAUAUUCCAAUACAACGGCAACUACACUCCUCCUUCAUCGCCCAUCUAUCCAACCAACAUUCCCGGUUUUUAUGACAUUGGUUCUGCGAGCAACUUUGUGAAACAAUUCAGGAGUUUGGCAUCUGCAGAGCACUCGAUUGACGUUCCACUGAAUGUCACCACCCGAAUGUUCGUAACAGUUUCCAUAGGCAUGUUGCAUUGUCCUAACAGAUCAUGUGCUGGGCCCGAGGGAAAUAGGAUUUCUUCUGGGUUGAACAACAUCAGUUUUGCCAACCCUGCUGUUGAUGUUUUGCAAGCAUACUACAGGAACAUCAGUGGAUAUUACGACGCAAGUUUCCCAGACGAACCGCCCAAUCUAUUCAACUUCACUGCAGAAGAAAUGAAAGCAGACAAUUAUAGUAUUACUGAUCGGGGUACCAAGGUGAAGAUGCUGGAUUAUAAUGCCACAGUCGAAAUAACAUUUCAAGGAACCAAUGUUAUGGACUCAGCAGAGAAUCAUCCAGUUCAUUUGCAUGGAUUCAGGUUUUAUGUCAUUGGAUCUGGUCUGGGAAAUUUCGAUAAUGUUACUGAUCCAUUAACAUACAACUUGAUUGAUCCACCUGAAGUUAAUACCUUCUCAGUUCCUAAGGAUGGUUGGGCCACCAUUAGAUUCAUAGCUAACAAUCCAGGAGUUUGGUUCAUGCACUGCCAUUUUGAUCGACAUAUGAGUUGGGGCAUGGGAACUGUUUUCAUAGUUAAGAAUGGAGGAAGUGAUGAGACAAGUAUGCGCCCACCCCCUGAUAACUUGCCUACUUGUGUCAAAAAUUCACUAUUUAAAACUUCCCACCAGUCAAUUUUACGGUUGGGAGAGUAAGAAAAUUUACAGGAACAUUAAAAGUUCUAUUAUCUACGCAUUAUAAAAAGGCUAUAAAUAUGUCAGCAAUGUCGGAUUUUAUACUAUGUUUUUGCAAAAAAAAAAAAAAAAAAAAAAAAAAAAGAUUCUUUACUAUGUAGUUCGAUCAAUGUAUCUUAUUUGUAGACUUGUAGUAGUGCUACACCACAUUCUUAUUUAAUUUAUGUUCUAAGACAAUCUUCAAUCGAACGGGCUAUAUUUAG